AGUAGAGAAUGAGACUCAGGAGUUGCACGCACUUCGUCACCCUGGUUAUGCCACUCUGGGCAUUGGCUUUUUGCCUCCUCGUGAUGGUGCCGGUCCCAGCCCAGACAUCUAGUCUGGAGAUCGCAAAAGAAGAACGUCGACUACAGGAAUUGGAGUCCAAAAUGGGAGCGGAAACGGACCAAUCCAACGCAAAUUUAGCUGGAUCAUCAUUCUCGCGCUUUGGAGACAGGCGGAACCAGAAAACUCUUAGUUUCGGUCGAAGAGUGCCAAUGAUAUCCCGCCCUAUGAUCCCAAUCGAAAUGGACCUUCUGAUGGAUAAUGAUGACGAUCGAACAAAAGCUAAACGUUUUGACGACUAUGGCCACAUGAGGUUUGGUAAAAGAGGAGGAGAUGAUCAGUUCGAUGACUACGGCCACAUGCGCUUCGGUCGGUAAACCAAAGCCAUCCAUUUGUCGAUGAAUAGUUCUUCAGUAGGCUGUUUUUAUAAAUUGUAUAUAUACGAAUAUAUUGAAAACACAUACUAUAUAAACUAGUAUAUUCAUUGUAAUAAAUAUUCGCAUCCAAAAAAUGUA